UCCGGUACUUUGACGGUAACGGUCGUGGGAGCAUAAACGACCAUGCCUUUACCUUUGAUCAAGCUAUUUACACUAGUAGGAAAACAGCUGAUUGGCAAACCGAUAGCAAAUACCAUAAAGAGAGCAGCUAAGAAGUCACCGUGGGUUAAAACCUCUGUGAUUAUGCCUGUUGCUCAAUUGUAUACGAGAACAACAGUCCAAAUGAGAAGUUAUGGACUGGGUCUUGGAAAAGUCCAAUCUGUUGAGCCUGUCAGUAUAGAUCGUGCUAUGGACCUGUUCGGAGAUUUCAUAGGGGAAUUCACAAUAUUAAUGUUCGCUGUUUUGGCAAUUUAUAUUGAAGUAAGUGGUAGAAGUAGGCAAAACCAAAAAGCUGAAGAUGCACAUGAAGCUUUCAAUGACACCAUAAAGUCUCUGAACGACAAGGUCGAACAGUUGGAACUUUGUGUACAAAAACAAGAACUUGAAGGGAAAAAAGUGGAAGAAGCACUUAAAAAUUUAAAUAUGACAAUGUAUUAUUCCCAGCAUGGAAUUACAAGUAAGGUUUUAGCAUUGACAGAGGAAAACAAUGAUGCCAAACACAAAAAACCCACAGAAAAGAAGAAGAAUGUUGUUAAAGAAGAAUGAAAGGCUGACAGAAUUUUUGAAUUGAUUAAUGUGAAUAUAGAUUUUACUACAAACAUUGUGUUGUUAUUUUGUCAUAAUAAAUAGUCGGUCUUGGUAUGGUACGGUGUAUCUUGUGACAGGUUAAUGAUAGGCUUGAAUGUCGAUUGACACCGGACCAAGGUUUGAGAUACCAGAUAAAAUGUAUAGAUACUUUAACAAGGUCAUAGUUAACUGAUCAAGGUUAUAGUUACAUGAUCAAGGUCAUAGUUAACUGAUCAAGGUCAUAGUUAACUGAUCAAGGUCAUAGUUAACUGAUCAAGUUCAUAGUUAACUGAUCAAAGUUAUAGUUAACUGAUCAAAGUUAUAGUUAACUGGUCAAUGUUCAAGUUAACUGAUCAAAGUUAUAGUUAACUGAUCAAGUUCAUAGUUAACUGAUGUAUGUACUUUUGUAAGGUAAAAGAUCAAAGUAUCUAUAUUAUAUUUGACAUGUCUGUGUUGAGUAGAUGAGUAGAGAGGAAUUUGUUUAUGUGUGUUUGUAUGUAUUUUUGUAGGGUAAAAGAUCAAAAUAUCUAUAUUAUCUUUGACAUGUCUGUGUUAAGUAGAUGAGUAGUGAGAAAUUUGUUUAUGUGUGUUUGUAUGAUCAAAGUAUCUAUAUUAUCUUUGACAUGUCUGUGUUUAGUAGAUGAGUAGAGAGGAAUUUGUUUAUGUGUGUUUAUAUGUACUUUUGAAAGAGGGGAAAACUCACAAAUAAAUUAAAGAUUUGGUAUAUAUAAAAACUGCAUGUGUUUUGUUCCGGGAUGAAAAAACCCAGGGUUACUAUAUUAUGAUGAUGUGUUUAUUAUUUUGUGAAUUCUCAUAAUGAGAACUUAACAAUUAUAUAAGUUUUUGAUAAUGCUGUUACUGGUUUUAAAUUCCAGAAAUAUUAAGUUAUGAAAUGAACUUAGAAAAAUAAAGACUAGAAGGUUUA